AUGAUGAAUUCUAAGGACAUAUCUCGCAAGGACAAGAGAAGGUACAACCUGGAAAAUAAGAUAUUUAAGAUUCAGAGUAGUUUCAAAGCAGAAAGGGAUCUUCAUUAUCGUAACAAAUUGACAAAGUUACAAACAAAUUUAACUAGUUUACAUCAAGGAAACAAUCCUAUCUUUCAAGGAAAAUUACACGAUUUGGAAGAAGAAAGAGAUUUGGACUUGGUGAGAUUACGUCUUUUCGAAGAAUAUAGAGUGAUUAGAUCCAAAAUUGAGUUCCAUGAAGACAUUGAUAAAAUCAAAUCAAAUCAUGAAAAUUUAGUUAAAUUAUGCAAAGAAAAACUGUACCAAUUGAUUUCAUCACAAAUUAAGAAAUUAAAACAAGAGAAGAUUCUUUUAGAUGUAGCAAAUUCAAAUUCUUAUUCAAUGAAUUACAAUAAUGGAAUGUUUCAACAAAAAUUUACUAGAAGUCAAACAACCACUAAUGGUUGGGAAUCUUCUUCCAAUAGUAAUACGGAUACAGCAACAUCGUUAAACACAGCUGGAAGAUCUUUAAGAAGACGUGGUGCUGGCAAUGUCACUGAAAGUAAUGAAGAAUCUGAUAUCAACAGAACAGCUUCAAAUUUGAAUGCUACUAGUGAUUACAAUUCAGAUACUAACGAUUUCUUUCAAAGCUUGAAUGAACAUACUGAUUUACAAAACUUACUUUUUGGUGAUGCCCAAAAUGCAACCCAAUCUACUACAACAACUACAAAAAAGAAAACAAGAGGCAACCAACGUUAUUCGACAAAAUCUGCACCACCUCUUCAGUCAUUGUCCAUUGACGAAGUUACUGAUGACAUCGAACUAAUAAGACAUUUAACAGACCAGAAACCAUCCCCUUUUAAGAGGACAUGA